AUGAUCAGCUCCGGCUUCACCAAUGCGCCGAUUUCGAAAUAUGUCAUGGUCUUCAUAAUUGCUUCGUCGAUUACUGCCAGCAUAGCGGACGUCAAAUACUUGCUAUAUAUACAAGUCGUGCCACAUCUAUGGCAAUAUUGGCAGGUAUGGAGGCUCGGAGUUUGGCAGCUAGCCUACACGAAUUCGGGUGAAGCACUCUUUGCAGCACUGCUCGUUUAUCAGCUCAGAGUAAUCGAACGGCUAUGGGGAUCUAGGAAAUUUGGCAGCUUCCUAAUAACAACCUUACCCUACACAACCCUCCUACCACCCCUCCUGCUCUCCCUCCUCCUCCGCCCCCUCUCCCUAAACACCCUAAACUACCUCCCCGCAGGCCCCACAGCCAUCCUCUUCGCCCUCCUCGUCCAAUUCUACUCCGCAAUCCCCCACGCAUACAAAUACCGCAUCGCCACCACCACCUCCUCCUCCUCCUCACCCAUCUCCCAAUCUCCCUCCACCUCCACCUCAUCACCAACCCCCCCAUCCCUAAAAGUCAGCGAUAAAUCCACCACCUACCUCCUCGCCGCCCAACUCGCCCUCGCCCAAUUCCCCCACUCCCUCAUCCCCGCCGCCAUAGGCUGGGCGGUCGGCUACGCCUGGCGCUCGGAGGUAUUACCCGGCCGCGCGACCGCGUGGAGGGUCCCGGGGUGGGUUUAUGGGGAUAUGGCUGCUGAUGCUGCUGCGGGUGCGCGGGGACAUGGUCGCGGGGGUUGA